CCCGCAGCCCUCGCAAAGAGGCUCGUGGCGCCCGCCUUCCGGUGCCUCAGUCCCUGCCAGUAGCCACCCGACGCCGUCCGGCUGUUUCUCGUUGGCCCUCUGCCUCCGCCUAGCCCGCUUCUACCCGGACGGCUCCCCGUUCUCCCGUCCUGCCCGGCGCAGGCUGCAGCUGUUCCGUCAGCUGCCGCUCCUCCUCCCAGACGCAGAGCGCCGCUCUGCCCCGCCCCCCGCGCAGGCUGCCGUCCCUACAUCCGGGUACCGACUCCAGCCGCCUAGACGCUGGCACUAUGGUCAUGGCGGAGGGGACGGCAGUGCUGAGGCGGAACAGGCCGGGCACCAAGGCGCAGGUACCAUGUCUGCACCUUUCUUGUCGGGCAACUAGGUGCCGAGCAGUGCCGCGCCCGGAAGCUGGCCGCCACUGCGGGGAGGUUGGGCCGAGGCGGCAGGCGGGCGGGCUGGGGCACUGGUGCCCGGCCUGCUCUUCCGGAGCUGCAGCCCCUCAAUUUGGCUGAGGCGGUGGCGGCCGCCGUGAGGCCUGCGGAGCUCCGACCCAGGGGAUUUCUAUAAUUGGCCUGAUGAAUCCUUUGAUGAAAUGGACAGUACACUAGCUGUUCAACAGUAUAUUCAACAGAACAUAAGAGCAGAUUGCUCCAAUAUUGACAAAAUUCUUGAACCACCUGAAGGCCAAGAUGAAGGUGUGUGGAAGUAUGAACAUUUAAGGCAGUUCUGCCUUGAGCUAAAUGGACUUGCUGUCAAACUUCAGAGUGAAUGCCAUCCAGAUACUUGCACUCAAAUGACAGCAACUGAACAAUGGAUUUUUCUUUGUGCAGCUCAUAAAACUCCAAAAGAGUGUCCUGCUAUAGACUAUACUAGACACACACUUGAUGGUGCUGCAUGUCUUCUGAAUAGCAAUAAAUAUUUUCCCAGCAGGGUUAGCAUAAAGGAAUCAUCUGUAGCGAAACUAGGAUCAGUAUGCCGUAGGAUUUACAGAAUAUUUUCACAUGCUUAUUUUCAUCAUCGGCAGAUAUUUGAUGAAUAUGAAAAUGAAACAUUUUUGUGUCAUCGGUUUACUAAGUUUGUGAUGAAAUACAAUUUGAUGUCCAAGGAUAACCUGAUUGUACCAAUUUUAGAAGAGGAAGUACAGAAUUCAGUUUCUGGGGAAAGUGAAGCAUGAAGGGAAUCAUAUGGAAAAAUGUACUGAUCAUAUAAUUAACAUUAUGUACUGUAUAUAUCAUUUUAGACACAUCAAUCAUGUAUCCAUAUUAUAGCUUCUUUGUUUAGUAUAGGUUUUUGUAUGCUGGGUUUGCCUUUUAAAAUGGGAAAUACUUUUUAAGUUAUUCAUAAGCUGUAUAUUCACCAGUGUGGCACUCAUGGUUUUUAAAUAAGAUUAGUAUUAUCUGUUUAUAAUGCCUGUUAAUAAAAGAAUUUACAGUUUGGUAAAAUUGCUGCUAAACAAUCAUUGGAUCACAAUCCUCAUCAGACAAACCCAUCUGUAAAAAAAAUGAGGGAGAGCUUGAGGUUUCACACAAGCCAUUUACUAAAGAGGUAGAAAUGUUUUCCAUUGGUUUUACCUUGAGUUUAGAUAUCCUAAAAAAUUCUGUAGUACGUAGUUUUGUCUUACCUGUUAACUUUCCCCAAUUGAGAUAAAAGUGUUUUAAAAUUCUGUUUAUAGUUUUUGAUAUCCAUAUAUAAUUAUGUGUAAUCUAAAUACAAAUGCAAAUGAAGCAUUAGUAAUACUUAAAUAAUUUUACUGUGCUACAUAAAGUAUAACAUACUUGGAAAGGAUUUACCUUUCUGCAACAACGGACUGGUACAUACAGGAUGAUCACAAUGGUAAGGCACAUAAAUUAUUUUCCCACUGGAAACCUGCCCUGUCCACCCCUUCUCAUUUCCCUUAACCUUAACUUCAAACUACUUUAGCUGAGAAGCUUUUCACCAGACUGAGUUAGUGGUGGCUUAUACCUAUUUAUAUUUGUGUUAAUUGCUUACAGAUUAUACCUCAUAUUAGCAAUUACAUUACACUACAAGAAAAUGUAUUUGCAUAGGCUCUUAUCUUUGUUUUGCAAAAUUGUUCUACUUAGAAAACAGUCCUUAAAAUAGUUUGACUCUUCCUGUUAGUAAUAUUAAUCUUUGAUUUAACCAGCUAGGCAGCAUUAAAUAGAAUUGAAGAAAUACCAUAGUAUUUAUUUUACACCCCCUCUCCCACGAAGUUUAUGUUUGGAUUACAUGCACGUGUGAGAUUAUUUGCAAUAAUUCAUAGGUUCCAAGGGUGUUGAUGAAUAGUCAUACAUUUUUUUGGACUUUGUUAUAAUUCAUUGUGGUAAGAAUGAUUGAAAUGCAGAUUUAACAAUCUUAUAAUCUAUUGAAUGCCAUUUUUGAUAAAGCACUGGAGGUCUUAUUGCCAAACUGAUUGUAAUGAGGCAGUAAGGGUGAAAACAUUGUACAUGUUGUGAAGAAAGUAUUUAAAUCCAACUUUUGAACAGAUUUAACAAACAUGAGGAACUUCUUUUUUAUUUAGAAGGAUAAUUUUGAAAUGAAGAUGAAAAUGUAUUCAUCUUAAUUGUUUUUUCAAAUUUAAGGGAAUAAUUUAUACCAUCUUUUGAGACAAGAAUGUACAGCAAAAAUAAGGGGAACAGUAGCAUACUGAGAGUGUGUGUAUAUAUAGUGUAUGCCUUUCCAAGCUUGCCAGUCUUUUUGGCUUUGAAUACGGCCCACCAGCUACAGUCAUUACUGUUCCCCAACCCACAACUAUCUUUUAAGAAGUCUUAGUUCACAGUGAAAGGAAUGAUGACUUUGAAAUUAUGGAUUUAUAUUAAUGGCACUAUAAACCAAUGGUAAUGGUAAUUUUUAAACUUGCUAAAUAUUGAGAGACUAAACUACUAAGUUAAUAAAUUAUAUAUAGCAGUGUAGCUGUUCUCUCUAGAUGGUGUCUCACAAUGGAUUUCUGUUGCUUGACUAUUUUCUUAGUGAAUAUUUAUACUAAGGUAGUGACUGAGAUUUGGUGAUCUGGCUGAGUAUUUUGAAACACAUUUUGAAUAAUAUGGCUUAGUGUUAACGGGGACUUAAAUAUGAUUUUUUUUUCUUACUCAUUUCACCUUCCCUGUACUGUAUGUUUGGAAUUGAUCAUAAAACAUCUCCAAAAGAAAA